AUGCGGCAGAUACACACACACAUACAGUGCAUUCUGAAAGUAUUCAGACCCUUUGACUUUUUCCACAUUUUGUUACGUUACAGCCUUAUUGUAAAAAUUGAUUACAUAUCCCCCUGCAUCAAUCAAUCAUUGCUGUUCUGGUUAGUGUUUAUUGGCUUAUUUCACUGUAGAGCCUCUAGCCCUGCUCAUUAUACCUUAUCCAACCUUUCAGUUCCACCACCCACACAUGCUAUGACAUCACCAGGAUUCAAUGAUGUUUCUAGAGACCAUAUCUCUCUAAUCAUCACUCAAUACCUAGGUUUACCUCCACUGUAUUCACAUCCUACCAUACCUUUGUCUGUACAUUAUACCUUGAAGCUAUUUUAUCGCCCCCAGAAACCUGCUUUUACUCUCUGUUCCGGACGUUCUAAACGACCAAUUCUCAUAGCUUUUAGCCGUACCCUUAUCCUACUCUGUUCCUCUGGUGAUAUAGAGGUGAAUCCAGGCCCUGCAGUGCCUAGCUCCACUCCUAUACCCGAGGAGCUCUCUUUUGAUGACUUCUGUAACCGUAAUAGCCUUGGUUUCAUGCAUGUUAACAUUAGAAGCCUCCUCCCUAAGCUUGUUUUAUUCACUGCUUUAGCACACUCUGCCAACCCGGAUGUUCUAGCUGUGUCUGAAUCCUGUCUUAGGAAGACCACCAAAAAUUCUGAAAUCUCCAUUCCGAACUACAACAUUUUCAGACUAGAUAGAAAGGCCAAAGGGGGCGGUGUUGCAAUCUACUGCAGAGAGAGGCUGCAGAGUUCUGUCCUACUAUCCAGGUCUUUACCCAAACAAUUUGAACUUCUACUUUUAAAAAUCCACCUAUCUAAAAACAAGUCUCUCACUUUUGCCACCUGCUAUAGACCACCCUCUGUUCCCAGCUAUGCUCUGGACACCAUAUGUGAACUGAUUGCCCCCCCAUCUAUCUUCAGAGCUCGUGCUGCUAGGCGACCUAAACUGGAACAUGCUUAACACCCCAGCCAUCCUACAAUCUAAGCUUGAUGCCCUCAAUCUCACACAAAUUAUCAAUGAACCUACCAGGUACCACCCCAAAGCCGUAAACAUGGGCACCCUCAUAGAUAUCCUCCUAACCAACUUGCCCUCUAAAUACACCUCUGCUGUUUUCAACCAAGAUCUCAGCAAUCGCUGCCUCAUUGCCUGCAUCCGUAAUGGGUCAGCGGUCAAAUGACCUCCACUCAUCACUGUCAAACGCUCCCUGAAACACUUCAGCGAGCAGGCCUUUCUAAUCUCACCUGGCCGGGGUAUCCUGGAAGGACAUUGACCUCAUCCCAUCAGUAGAGGAUGGUUAUUUUUUUUAAAUGCCUUCCUCACCAUCUUAAAUAAGCAUGCCACAUUCAAGAAAUUUAGAACCAGGAACAGGUAUAGCCCCUGGUUCUCUCCAGACCUGACUGCCCUUAACCAACACAAAACAUCCUAUGGCGUUCUGCAUUAGCAUCAAACAGCCCCCGUGAUAUGCAACUUUUCAGGGAAGCUAGAAACCAAUACACACAGGCAGUUAGAAAAGCCAAGGCUAGCUUUUUCAAGCAGAAAUUUGCUUCCUGCAACACAAACUCAAAAAGGUUCUGGGACUCUGUAAAGUCCUUGGAGAAUAGGAACACCUCCUCCCAGCUGCCCACUGCACUGAGAAUAGGAAACACUGUCACUACCAAUAAAUCCACUAUAAUUGAGAAUUUCAAUAAGCAUUUUUCUACGGCUGGCCAUGCUUUCCACCUGGCUACCCCUACCUCGGUCAACAGCACUGCACCCUCACAGCAACUCGCCCAAGCCUUCCCCAUUUCUCCUUCUCCCAAAUCCAGUCAGCUGAUGUCCUGAAAGAGCGGCAAAAUCUGGACCCUUUCUUUCUAAAACAAAAUUGUUGCAACCCCUAUUACUAGCCUGUGCGACCUCUCUUUCGUGUCGUCUGAGAUUCCCAAAGAUUGGAAAGCAGCUGCGGUCAUCCCCCUCUUCAAAGGGGGGGACACUCUUGACCCAAACUGCUACAGACCUAUAUCUAUCCUACCCUGCCUUUCUAAGAUCUUCGAAGGCCAAGUCAACAAAUAGAUUACCGACCAUUUUGAAUCCCACCAUACCUUCUCCGCUAUGCAAUCUGGUUUCAGAGCUGGUCAUGGGUGCACCUCAGCCACGCUCAAGGUCCUAAAGGAUAUCUUAACCGCAAUCGAUAAGAAACAAUACUGUGCAGCCGUAUUCAUUGACCUGGCCAAGGCUUUCGACUCUGUCAAUCACCACAUCCUCAUCGACAGACUCGAUAGCCCUGGUUUCUCAAAUGGUUGCCUCGACUGGUUCACCAACUAUUUCUCUGAUAGAGUUCAGUGUGUCAAAUCAGAGGGCCUUUUUUCCGGGCCUCUGACAGUCUCUAUGGGGGUGCCACAGGGUUAAAUUCUUGGACCGACUCUCUUAUCUGUAUACAUCAAUGAUGUCGCUCUUGCUACUGGUGAGACUCUGAUCCACCUCUACGCAGACGACACCAUUCGGUCUACUUCUGGCCCUUCUUUGGACUCUGUGUUAACAACCCUCCAGACGAGCUUCAAUGCCAUACAACUCUCCUUCCGUGGCCUCCAAUUGCUCUUAAAUACAAGUAAAACUAAAUGCAUGCUCUUCAACCGAUCGCUGCCUGCACCUGCCCGCCUGUCCAACAUCACUACUCUGGACGGUUCUGUCUUAGAAUAUGUGGACAACUACAAAUACCUAGGUGUCUGGUUAGACUGUAAACUCUCCUUCCAGACUCACAUCAAACAUCUCCAAUCCAAAGUUAAAUCUAGAAUUGGCUUCCUAUUUCGCAACAAAGCCUCCUUCACUCAUGCUGCCAAACAUACCCUUGUAAACCUGACCAUCCUACCGAUCCUCGACUUCGGCGACGUCAUUUACAAAAUAGCCUCCAAUACCCUCCUCAAUAAAUUGGAUGCAGUCUAUCACAGUGCCGUCCAUUUUGUCACCAAAGCCCCAUAUACUACCCACCACUGCGACCUGUACCCUUUCGUUGGCUGGCCCUCGCUUCAUACUCGUCGCCAAAGGUCAUCGACUCCAGGUCAUCUACAAGACCCUGCUAGUCUCCCCUUAUCUCACCUCGCUGGUCACCAUAGCAGCACCCACCUGUAGCAUGCACUCCAGCAGGUAUAUCUCUCUGGUCACCCCCAAAACCAAUUCUUACUUUGGCCGCCUAGCCUUCCAAUUCUCUGCUGCCAAUGACUGGAACGAACUGCAAAAAUCUCUGAAACUGGAAACACUUAUCCCCCUCACUAGCUUUAAGCACCAGCUGUCAGAGCAGCUCACAGAUUACUGCAUCUGUACAUAGCCCAUCUAUAAUUUAGCCCAAACAACUACCUCUCUCCCUACUGUAUUUAUUUUGCUCCUUUGCACCCCCAUUAUUUCUAUCUCUACUUUGCCUGUCCACGACCAUUCUCUUGCCUAAUUCCCUUUGGAUUUAUUAAACAUCUUAAACUCCAAAUCUACCAUUCCAGUGUUUAUUUAAAAAAAAAGUUUUAUUAUUUAUUAUAGUAUAGUAUUUACUUCGCCACCAUGGCCUUUUUUUGCCUUUACCUCCCUUAUCUCACCUCAUUUGCUCACAUUGUAUAUAGACACAUUUUCUACUGUAUCAUUCAUUGACUGUAUGUUUGUUUUACUCCAUGUGUAACUCUGUGUUGUUGUUCGUGUCGAACUGCUUUGCUUUAUCUUGGCCAGGUCGCAAUUGUAAAUGAUAACUUGUUCUCAACUUGCCUACCUGGUUAAAAAUAAAGGUGACAUUUUAAAAAAAUCUAAAAAAAUACAUGUAGGACAGUGAAGAAUACAUUUACAUUUAAUCCAUUUUAAAUUCAGGUAGUAACACAACAAUCUACUCACAAUACCCCAUAAUGACAAAGCAAGAACAGGUUAAGAAAUUUUGGCAAUUUUAUUAAAAAUAAAAAACUGAAAUAUGACAUCACUGUUCAGACACUUUACCCUUUGUCAUUAUGGGGUAUUGUGUGUAGAUUGCAGAGGAUAAAUAAAAAUCAAUUUUAGAACAGUAACAAAAUGUGGAAAAAGUCAAGGUCUCUGAAUACUUUCCGAAGGCACUAUACAAUACAGACACACAAACCCUGCAUGCUUUGCAGCCAUCAAUAGGGAAAUGAUAUUGAGAUGGAGGGAGUAGAGGGUUCCUAAUUGCUUUGGUUUGUAAAGGUGGUAGGGGAGUUACUGUAAUCCACGCAAAACUGUUUGCUGAAACAGAAUACUCAUCAUGAAUAAGUGAUGAUAUAGCCUCUUCUGUGAAAGUUACAGUGAAUGUUAGUUUUCCUCUGCAGUAUCUAUAGUGGAAAGAAAAAGUAUGUGAACCCUUUGUAAAUACUGUAGCUGGAUUUCUGCAUAAAUUGGUCAAAACAUUUGAUCUGAUCUUCAUCUAGGUCACAACAAUAGACACAGUCUGCUUAAACUAAUAACAAACAAUUAUACGUUUUCUUGUCUUUAUUGAACACACCGCAUAAACAUUUACAGUGUAGGGUGGGGAAAGUAUGUGAACCCUUGGAUUUAAUAACUGGUUGACCCUCCUUUGGCAGCAAUAACCUCAACCAUACGUCUUCUGUAGUUGCGGAUCAGACCUGCACAACGGUCAGGAGGAAUUUUGGACCAUUCCUCUUUACAAAACUGUUUCAGCUCAGCAAUAUUCUUGAGAUGUCUGGUGUGAACUGCUCUCUUGAGGUCAUGCCACAGCAUCUCAAACGGGUUGAGGUCAGGACUCUGACUGGGCCACUCCAGAAGGCACAUUUUCUUCUGUUUAUUUACGUCUGUGUUUUGGGUUGUUGUCCUGUUGCGUCACCCAACUUCUGUUGAGCCUCAAUUGACGGACAGAUAGCCUUACAUUCUCCUGUAAAAUUUCUUGAUAAACUUGGGAAUUCAUUUUUCUGGCGAUGAUAGCAAGCUGUCCAGGCCGAGGCAGCAAAGCAGCCCCAAACCAUGAUGCUCCCUCCACCAUACUUUACAGACAGUUGGGAUGAGAUUUUGAUGUUGGCGUGCUGUGCCAUUUUUUCUCCACACAUAGUGUUGUGUUUCUUCCAAACAACUCAACUGUAGUUUCAUCCUACCGCAGAAUAUUUUUGCCAGUAGCACUGGAAUAUCCAGGUGCAGGGGGAGGCCCCUUGGUUGUAACUUUUUGCCUGUCCACAAUCAUUCUCUUGCCUAUUCCCUUUGGAUUUAUUAAACAUCUUAAACUCCAACCAUCUGCCUCCUGUGUCUGCAUUUGGGUCUCGCCUAGUGUCAUGAUACCUACACUGUGAAUGUUUAAAUGAUGUAUUCAAUACAGACAAGAAAUACAAUUUCUGUGUUAUUUAUUUAAGCACGCUAUGUUUGUCUGUUGUGACUUUGAUGACUAAUUUUUGCAGAAAUCCAGGUAACUCCAAAGGGUUCACAUAAUUUUGUUGCCACUGUAAGAGUAUUCUGUUUUGUGAGUGUUACAGCUGCAGAACUCACGGACAGUGAUCCAGGAGAGAGAUCAAGUGAUCAGGGAUCCAGAGGAGAAGGUGAUUUUCUGGAAGCUGAGGUCCGUACUCAUACAGCUAUCUGUGUUGUGGUGCGUGUGCAUGUUUUUGAGGGAUAGGGGUCUCGCUUUGAGUGACUUUUCACCCCUCUCAAGAACACAGAGAUGCGUGACCAGAUGGGAGUACUUCCUGGAGGGUCAGAAGCCCACCUCUCUGCCCACCAAAGAAUGGAAACCCAAACCCCAUCGUCUACAGUAAGCUGAUAAAACCUUCAACAAUGCAAGGCAACAAGUCACUUCCUUUAAUCAGUCAUUGAGGUCAAGGCUUGGGCUCGGGAGAGAGAAUAGUAUGUGAGUAGUCUGUCUACGAAUGUACAGUGUAUUCGGAAAGUAUUCCGACCACUUGACUUUUUCCAAAUUUUGUUACGUUACAGCCUUAUUCUAAAAUGUGUUAAAUUGUUUUAUUUCCUCAUCAAUCUACACACAAUACCUCAUAAUGACAAAGCAAAAACAUGUUUUUAUGUUUGCAAAUUCAUUAUUAUUAUUAUUUUUAAAUAUCACAAGUAUUCAGACCCUUUACUCAGUACUUUGUUGAAGCACUUUUGGCAGCGAUUACAGCCUCAAGUCUUCAAGCUCUGUCAAGUUGGAUGGGAAGCAUCUCUGCACAGCUAUUUUCAGGUCUCUCCAGAGAUGUUUGAUCAGGUUCAAGUUGGGGCUCUGGCUGGGCCACUCAAGGACAUUCAGAAACUUGUCCUGAACCCACUCCUGCAUUGUCUUGGAUUGUGUGCUUAGGGUUGUUGUCCUGUUGGAAGGUGAACCUUCACCCCAGUCUGAGGUCCUGAGCACUCUGGAGCAGGUUUUAAUCAAGGAUCUCUGUACUUUGUUCCGUUCAUCUUUCCCUCGAUCCUGACAGCAUGAUGCUGCCACCACCAUGCUUCAGCGUAGGAAUGGAAUUGGCUAGGUGAUGAGCAGUGCCUGCUUUCCUCCAGACGUGAUGCUUUCUUAUGGUCUAAAAGCCCUUUAGGUGCUUUCUGGAAAGUCCCAAGUGGGCUGUCAUGUGCCUUUUACUGAGGAGUGGCUUCCAUCUUGUCACGUUCGCUGGAAUAAAUAUCGGACCAAGCUGCAGCGUGAUAUGGUUUCCACAUAUUAUUUAUUAGAAACUAACAAAAACAAUAAACAAAGAAAAAACGAAACAAACAACGAACCGUAACUAAGAGGUGUAACAUACACUAACUAAAAACAAUAUCCCAUAAAACAAAGGUGGAAAAAAUGCUACUUAAAUAUGAUCCCCAAUUAGAGACAACGAUAGCCAGCAGCCUCUAAUUGGGAAUCAUACCAAACACCAACAUAGAAAAACUAAACUAGAACCCCACAUAGAAAAUAACAACGAGAAACCCCUCCUGUCACGCCCUAACCUACUCUACCAUAGAAAAUAAGGGCUCUCUAUGGUCAGGACGUGACAGUACCCCCCCACCCAAAGGUGCGGACUCUGCAAAACCUGAAACCAAAAGGGAGGGUUAGGGGGGUGUCUAGUGUCAGUGGCGGCUCUGGUGCGGGACGAAGAACCCGCUCAACUCGCGGAUCCACCAUCUUUGUUUUUAAAGUAAGUGAACCACACAACAAAACAAUAAAGAAUAAUCAAAAUGUGACGACAAUGGAGUGCUAACAUGCAACUACACAUAAAAAUUAUCCCACCAAACACAGGUGGAGAAAUGCUACUAAAAUAUGAUCCCCAAUUAGAGAUGACGAUAGCCAGCUGCCUCUUGGGAAUCAUACCAAAAACCAACAUAGAAAACAAAACUAGAACCCCACACAGAAAAUAUAAACUAGAAACCCCCCAGUCACACCCUGACCUACUCCACCAUAGAAAAUAAUGGAUGUGACACAUCUGGCCACUCUACCAUAAAGGCCUGAUUGGAGGAGUGCUGCAGAGAUGGUUAUCCUUCUGGAAGGUUCUCCCAUGUACUCUGGAGCUCUGUCAGAGUGACCAUCGGGUUCUUGGUCACCUCCCUGACCAAAGCCCUUCUCCCCCGAUUAGUACCCUUCCCCAGGUCUGUGCUUCGACACAAUCCUGUCUCUGAGCUCUACGGACAAUUCCUUCGACCUCAUGGCUUGGUUUUUGCUAUGACAUGCACUGUCAACUGUGGUAUCUUACAUAGACAGGUGUGUGCCUUUCCAAAUCAUAUCCAAUCAAUUGAUUGGCGUCGACCUGUGGUAAAUUCAAGUUGUAGAAUCAUCUCAAGGAUGAUCAAUGGAAACAUGAUGCACCUGAGCUCAAUUUCGAGUCUCAUAGCAAAGGGUCUGAAUAGUUAUGUAAAUGUAUUUCUGUUUAAGAAAUAUAUAAAUAUCAAAAAAGCUGUUUUCGCUUUGUCAUUAUGGGGUAUUGUGUGUUGAUUGAUGAAGGGAAAAAUGUAUUUAAUCAAUGUGAGAGUAAGGCUGUAACGUAGCAAUGUGGAAAAAGCUAAGGGAUCUGAAUACUUUCCGAAUGCACUGUAUAUAGCCACCUCCUAGCGUUCAUGCUGAUAUGUGUUGGUUCAUUGUGGUUUGGUGCCUGAUAUACACUAGAUAAACCCCAUUGUAAAAAAGCACUCCAUUUGCAGGAACAUUCCCAGUUCGACCAUUACUUCCUUGCUUGAGGCAUAACUGUAUUUGAGACUGUUUUAUGUGUGAUUUAUUGUCUCUCUCAACUUUUCUCAAGCUGUAUCUAGAAUUGGGAAUUUGGCCAAUACAUGUACAGUGGGGCAAAAAAGUAUUUAGUCAGCCACCAAUUUUGCAAGUUCUCCCACUUAAAAAGAUGAGAGAAUUAAUUGUAAUUUUCAUCAUAGGUACACUUCAACUAUGACAGACAAAAUGAGAUAUUCUUUCUCCAGAAAAUUCACAUUGUAGGAUUUUUAAUGAAUUUAUUUGCAAAUUAUGGUGGAAAAUAAGUAUUUGGUCAAUAACAAAAGUUUAUCUCAAUACUUUGUUAUAUACCCUUUGUUGGCAAUGACAGAGGUCAAACGUUUUCUGUAAGUCUUCACAAGGUUUUCACACACUGUUGCUGGUAUUUUGGCCCAUUCCUCCAUGCAGAUCUCCUCUAGAGCAGUGAUGUUUGGGGGCUGUUGCUGGGCAACACGGACUUUCAACUCCCUCCAAAGAUUUUCUAUGGGGUUGAGAUCUGGAGACUGGCUAGGCCACUCCAGGACCUUGAAAUUCUUCUUACGAAGCCACGCCUUCGUUGCCCGGCGGUGUGUUUGGGAUCAUUUUCAUGCUGAAAGACCCAGUCACGUUUCAUCUUCAAUGCCCUUAUUGAUGGAAGGAGGUUUUCACUCAAAAUCUCAUGAUACAUGGCCCCAUUCAUUCUUUCCUUUAUACGGACCAGUCAUCCUGGUCCCUUUGCAGAAAAACAGCCCCAAAGCAUGAUGUUUCCACCCCCAUGCUUCACAGUAGGUAUGGUGUUCUUUGGAUGCAACUCAGAAUUCUUUGUCCUCCAAACACGACGAGUUGAGUUUUUAACAAAAAGUUAUAUUUUGGUUUCAUCUGACCAUAUGACAUUCUCCCAAUCUUCUUCUGGAUCAUCCAAAUGCUCUCUAGCAAACUUCAGACGGGCCUGGACAUGUACUGGCUUAAGCAGGGGGACACGUCUGGCACUGCAGGAUUUGAGUCCCUGGCGGCGUAGUGUGUUACUGAUGGUAGGCUUUGUUAUUUUGGUCCCAGCUCUCUGCAGGUCAUUAACUAGGUCCCACCGUGUGGUUCUGGGAUUUUUGCUCACCGUUCUUGUGAUCAUUUUGACCCCACGGGGUGAGAUCUUGCGUGGAGCCCCAGAUCGAGGGAGAUUAUCAGUGGUCUUGUAUGUCUUCCAUUUCCUAAUAAUUGCUCCCACAGUUGAUUUCUUCAAACCAAGCUGCUUACCUAUUGCAGAUUCAGUCUUCCCAGCCUGGUGCAGGUCUACAAUUUUGUUUCUGGUGUCCUUUGACAGCUCUUUGGUCUUGGCCAUAGUGGAGUUUGGAGUGUGACUGUUUGAGGUUGUGGACAGGUGUCUUUUAUACUGAUAACAAGUUCAAACAGGUGCCAUUAAUACAGGUAGCGAGUGGAUGACAGAGGAGCCUCUUAAAGAAGAAGUUACAGGUCUGUGAGAACCAGAAAUCUUGCUUGUUUGUAGGUGACCAAAUACUUAUUUUCCACCAUAAUUUGCAAAUAAAUUCAUAAAAAAUCCUACAAUGUGAUUUUCUGGAUUUUUUGUUCUCAUUUUGUAUGUCAUAGUUGAAGUGUACCUAUGAUGAAAAUUACAGGCCACUCUCAUCUUUUUAAGUGGGAGAACUUGCACAAUUGGUGGCUGACUAAAUACUUUUUUGCCCCACUGUAUAUUGCACCUUUUUAAAAAGGGCAGUGCCUGUUUUCUAGUUCGCCCAAGUGAGAAACAAUCAAUAUAAAAGCAGUGCAGCUCUGUUGUCACUCAGACACACGUGGAGUUUUCAGCACACAGAUCCGUAGCCUAGUUAACCAGGAUACCUCCGUUUUAGGGUCCAUACAGUAGGUCGCAUUCCUGUGUUUGCAGUGCACCUUACACACAGAGGCAUUUAGUUGUUUGAUAACAUUAAGAUGUCUCCGAUUUAACCUACUUUUUUUUCUCUGACAUAAGAUGGAGAUAAAAAUCCAUAGUUCAAAUUCGUAGAAUUAUGAGUUAUGUUUUUUUGUUGUUUAUUACUAAAUGUAAUAUUGUACAGAAACGUAAUGUCCUUUUUAUACCUAGCUUACCUCUGUCAGUUAUUAACCAGUAGAUAAAUGGUUAUACUGAAAAAUACAACAUGCUGUUAUAAUGUUGCACGUGGUGGCUGUCGGAUGUACAGUAUAAAUACAAUUAAUAAUAUAAAUAUGUAUGAAUCUAACCUGCCUUCUAAGCAUAAAUAUGAAAGUGGCUUACAGUUGUCUCACCUCCCAAGAUUAGACGUUUUCAGUCUUUGGCCUUGAUGGUAUCAUUUUAAAGGGGGUAUUGCGUUAAAUUAUCAUUACACCCUGCAUGUAUACUGUAUAACUACUGAUGAUUAUGGGGUGUCCCCCAAAUGGCACCCUAUUCCCCCUUUGUGCCUUGGUCAAAAGUAGUGCACUAUGUAGGGAAUAUGGUACCAUUAUGGACACAUCCAAUGUGUGGUAUUAUCCUAUAUAUUAGUAACCAUUUUGCUGUCUGGUUUAAGAGCUCUUAUUUUAUGUAACAACUGUUAUUUUUCUGUUACAAACCAAGCAUAUUUAAUGUGAAAACUACCCCUCUCUCUAUUGUAGAUAGAAGCAUUGUAGUCUGUCUUUGUUUGUCAAAAUAAAACUUAUUUAAAAAGUG